AUGAGGAGACAUUGGCUGAUCCACGGCGACCCAGUGGUAAAGGCGGUGAGAGCAGUUGCAACCGAUGACGUCGGAGCAUCGAUACUGACAAAACUUCCGACAGCUCUCAGAGCGGCCAAGAAUUAUACCAAAGGGUAUACUGACACUCAGUCAAAGGUCAGAGAAGCGACCUCGAAUGACGCCUGGGGUCCAUCCGGUACCCAGAUGAAUGAGAUUGCGCAGCUCACCUACAACCAAAAUGACUUCGUCGAAGUCAUGGAGACGAUGGACAAGAGGUUGAACGACAAGGGCAAGAAUUGGCGGCACGUGUUCAAAGCUUUGACCCUGCUCGAUUAUUGUCUGCACGCCGGAUCGGAGAACGUUGUCAUUUACUUCAAGGACAACAUCUACAUCGUAAAGACUCUGAAAGAGUUCGUGUACGUGGACGAAGCUGGGAAAGACGUCGGCGCGAAUGUUAGGCAAAAGGCAAAGGACAUCACCAACCUACUUCAAGAUGAGGAUCGUUUGAGAAAUGAGCGUCGGUCCAGGGGAGACAUGCGAGACAGAAUGUUGGGCAACCUUGCCGAGAGUGGUCUCAGAGGUGAAGGGGACUACGGCGGGCCAAGACCGGAGCCAUCCAGACGAGAUCCAAACCCGGCUCACGAUACGAUCAGGCGGCCGCGUCGAUCAGGAGAUGAAGACGAUGAUCUGCAAAAGGCCAUUGCGGAGAGUAUGCGGAUGCAGGAGGAGGAAGCUGCGAGGAGAAGUCAGGUCACGAAGGAGGAGGAUGAUUUCCAAAGGGCAUUGCGGUUGUCUAAAGAGGAAGAGGAGAAGAGAAAGCGGGAGCAGGAGGAGGCAAACGCCAAAGCCCUGUUUGAUGAUGAUCUGAACCUCAAUUCGAAUAACCAAUAUGCACAGCAGCCGCAGCAAGACCUCUUCGCACCCAUGGGUGGUUAUCCGUUGGUGGAUAUCGGAUAUGGCCAGCAACAGCAGCUUCAGCCUCAAUACACGUCGUUUAACCCAUUCCAUGCCCAAAUGAUGGCUCAGCAACAACAGAUGCAGCAAGAAGAGUUCAUGCGACAGCAAAUGGCAAUGCAGGAGCAGCAGAGGCAACAGGAAGAAUACAUGCGACAGCAGAUGAUGCAACAACAACAACAAUCACUGUUCGCCCAGCCUACUGGAUACGGCUCCAACAACCCCUUCGCGCCCGGCGUGCAGCAGCACUCUUCACCACAACAGCAAAGUCAAUCGUUCUCCCCUCCCCGCUCAUCUUUCUUGCCCGUUCCGACCGUCACCCAGUCUCCUUCGCCAACACCACAACCGCAAGCUCAACUCCAGCCACAAUCACCUCCCAAGACAUUCAAUCCUCCCAAACCGGCGAACGACGGGCAGCAUGCUCACCUUGCCAAUCUGCUUGCUCGUGGAAGGGAAGACGGCAUGGACACAUUCGGAAAUGUCGGAAACCUUCAGCUGCCAAGACUGACGAUGCCAGGAUUCGGUACCCAUAAUCCCUUUGGCAGGCCGCAGCAACAGCAAGGGUCGUCGCAGCAACAGAAUGGACGGAGCGAUCAACCCUUCUUCUCCGUGUAG